AUGAACGAAAAGAAAUAAAGAAGAGUUUUUUCCUUCUAAAUUAAAAAUUUAACAGGAACAUAAUCAGAUAUGUUUGAUAGUCAAUAAUCAUCAUAUAGAUAAUCAAAUGAAUAACAUAAUAUUAAAACAUUUAACUAAAUAUUAGCUUUGAAUGAGAUAGAUUAAUUUAAUUCACCAAAAGAAUCUGGUUCAACUACAUUGAGAUCAAUACCUAGACUUCGUAAGAAUUCAAUAAGUCCAGAACAUUCAUAUAUAUAUUCAAGGAAAACAAUAUAAAUGCCUUUAACGAUUAGAUCAUCAUUAGUAAUGUUAAAUUAAUUUGAAUAACAGUUUGCUGAUAGUAUUCAAUGCAAUGAAUAAAUUGGAGCUAUUGAAAGUAACUAACAUGUUUGAUAAGGUUUGCUUAACUUGAUGGUAAUUGCAGUUGAAUAAGAUAGUAUUAGUUUACUUAUAACUUUUAUGCGCCUAAGUGCUUUAACAUUUAUAUCUUUCUAAGAAUGGACUAAGGCUCUUCUCUUUUUAUAACAUUGUAAAUUUCUAAGCGAAUUUACAAGAUAAUUUGAUGUUAUUUAAUGGACAUUUCUUUAGAUUGGAAUUUUGUGUAAAUAUGUUAAAAAAUAUAAUUUGGGCAAAAUAUUCAUUAAAAAAGUAAUCCUUUCAUAUUAUAUACAUUCAGUCAUUAGAAUAUGCGUGGCAUUUAAAAGAUACCGAUUAAGAAAUUAAUUGUUAUGAAGAAUUAGGUAAAUUAUGUUUUCUAAAUUAUGAAUUAAAAACAGCUAAGUCUUUACAUGAGAAAAGUAUGAAAGGAACUAUAGAAAAAGAAAAGUCUGCAAUGAAAAUGGUAUCUUCCAAAGGUAUGUAAUAAAUUAUUAAAAUGUUACCAUAAGAAGAGACAAAUCUCGGAUAACACAUCUUUUCUAAAGCUGUUAACUUUCCUAUCAAAUUAAUCCAUUGUUAAAAUCCUCUUUAUUAUUAAAGAAGAUAAAUUAAAAAUCAAUAUAUGUUAUCACAUAAUUUAGAAUGCAUACCAAAUCAAAGAGCAAUUGAUAUUGAUAUCUCAUUAGAUGAAAUGUUAUAACAAUUUCUUAAAGGUAAGAAUUUUGCCUUUGAAAUACCAAUACCCAUCUCUGUGGCUGAUGAAUAUGAAAGUAUGAUCCAAUCUAAUCCUAUACCUAAAAUAUAACAAUUAAAACAAACUUAAACUACAACUUUAAUUAAAUUAUAAUCCUUAAAAGUACAUCCCACUUCAACCAAAUAACCUACUAUUAAAUUAAAUGACUUUUAAAAAAAACUGCCUCUAGAAGAAAUGGUUAGGUAACGUUUAGAAAUGAAAUUUGAUAUCCCAACAUCUUUUACAGAAAAUUUAAGAAGCAGGAAAUUCUCUACCAAUUUAGAAUUAAUUAGAUUAACACAUGAAAGAGAUGGAAUUGCUUUGAGUGUUGAACAUUAAAAAAGAGGAUUAGUUAGAUAUGCAUAAAAAUUGCUAAAUCAAUAACAAAUUUCUUUCCUAUGA